AUGCACCUCACAAUCCGCUUCAUCUCCAAGUACUUCACCCCCCUCGGCGCGUACGAGCGCAACGUCCACAUCCCCGUCAACUGCCACUGGCCGCUUCACCAGGUUCGAGACCAACGCCAAGAAGCGCGGAAAGGACUAGCCCUACGGAAACCUGGCCCAGGAGAAGACGCCCACUUACUCCCACCUGACCGAGAACCCCUUUCCCAAGACCAUGCGUCAGCAGGGCUUCAACCGCCAGUCCCGCUAGACCACUCCCACAAAGAACAGCUGGCCUGGUACUCGCUCCGCUCGCCCUGGUAUACCCACCAGCCGCCCCGCUCCUUCUACUACCUCCAGCCGUCCCGGCACCCCCAGCUCGCGUCCUAG